UGCACUACACAAAUCACUUUGUUUUGCUCUCCAUCUGACAAAAAUCUUUAAAGAAAAAAAAGAAUCACCAGCUGAUGCAGUAGAUAUACGAGGAUGAUUUCAGUCCUAACGAUUUAAAUUGGUAAAUCUGAAGGGUCUUUUGUUGUUCCUCCUCUUGUUGUCUUGGUUGUGUGGAGUGAAGAAGCAUGACGCAGUGGUACUUCGUUGCUGCCCUUCUCACCAUUCUCACAAGCUCUCAGGGAAUCUUGACAACUCUUUCACAAAGUCAUGGUAAAUAUAAUUACGACUAUGCUACCGUUCCUUUCCUUGCUGAAGUUUUUAAGCUACUGGUUUCAAGCUUUUUUCUUUGGAGAGAGUGUAAGAGCUCAACUCGGCCAAGAAUGACUACAGAAUGGAGAAGUGUGUGUUUGUUCCCCAUCCCAUCAAUCAUCUACCUUGUUCACAACAAUGUUCAAUUCGCUACCCUUACGUAUGUGGAUACGUCCACAUAUCAAAUAAUGGGUAAUCUGAAGAUUGUCACUACUGGGAUACUAUUCAGGCUGUUCUUAAGGAAAAAGCUGUCUAACCUGCAAUGGAUGGCAAUUGUUCUUUUAGCUGUGGGAACAACUACUAGCCAGGUCAAAGGUUGUGGAGAGGUUUCAUGUGAUUCCCUUUUAUCAGCACCAAUGCAGGGUUACAUGUUGGGGAUUCUGUCAGCUUGUUUAUCGGCAUUAGCAGGUGUUUAUACAGAAUUUUUAAUGAAGAAGAACAGUGAUAGCCUGUACUGGCAAAAUGUACAAUUAUAUACGUUUGGUGUUAUUUUCAACAUAGGACGUCUACUUCUUGAUGAUUUCAGAAGUGGGUUUGAGAAUGGACCUUGGUGGCAGCGCCUUUUUAUUGGGUACAAUGCUACAACUUGGAUGGUGGUACUAAAUUUAGGAUCUACUGGUUUGCUAGUGUCAUGGUUAAUGAAGUACGCAGAUAAUAUUGUGAAGGUGUAUUCUACAUCAAUGGCAAUGCUACUGACGAUGAUUUUGUCAGUAUACCUUUUCAAUUUCAAGCCGACACUGCAGCUUUUCUUGGGUAUCAUUAUUUGCGUGAUGUCACUACAAAUUUAUUUUUCCCCUCCAAGCACACUUUUAGAUAUUCCUGCAACAACGGUAAAAACACCCCUGGAAAACCUCAAGGAAGUUACCGUUGACUGAACAACAGAUUCGUAGUUUAAAGUAAAGUACUAUCGGAAGACUAGAUUUUUAGCUGUUUCGAGAGGUCAAUGACGCACAUAGAAAUUUUUCUUGUUGGAUCAAUACACGAGAUAAAUGGAGAAGAAUAUGAAUGAGGAAAGGCAAGAUGGUAAAGCAAAUAGGAGCAUUUGAAGAAUAGGUCAUUGGCAUACUUGGGUAUUGAGGCAAUGUUUAAAGCAACAAUUUAACUCGAUUUUCUAUCCAAGUUGAUUGGAGUCUGGGAUUUAUGUUGUACUGAUUAGAUGGUUGAUUUUCUCAAAUAUGCAGUUAGUUUUGCAGUCUAAAAGAAAGAUUGAAUCAGAACGCAAAAAUGUUUACGGUGUGUUCAGUGUUGUACUUGCUUGGUGAUGAAUCCGAUACACCGGAACAUAAUUCACUUUCUCUGAGUAAUUUGCUAGUCCGUUUUUAUCACA